AUGGUUUUGUUGCAAACUGGCCGAUACGACCGCUCCUUUGAGGCUUUUCCCAGUUCUAUUGAGAUUAGGCAGUUUAGAAAUCGGAUUAAUAAAGUUUCUCUAAGCUCUUCAUAG